AUUGGUACGGUCCUCGUGAACGGUAAAUUCGAGUGCAACCAGAGGCAAUGCAGCUCAAAGACUUUCGGUCGCCCAGCAGAGUUAAGGAGACAUUAUGCUACCAUCCAUGCAGUCCAGAAACCAGAAUUUUGGUGCCAUAUUGUGUCGUGCGAGCGAUCAAAGCCUUUCUCAAGGAAAGACAAGCUAACGGAUCACGUCCGGAAAGCUCAUGAC